AUGUCCUUCGCGGGCCUGCUCGACAUCGCGCGAAAAGAUGUCUCUCUGAGGUCCGAUGCGCCCCAAGAAUUUCACCGAGAUCAUCAUGUCGACUUUUUGGACAAGUUUCAAAAGAACAAGGACAGCUAUGAAUACGUCAUGUCCGAGCCGCUGCGUGUUUCCGGCAUUUACUGGUGCUUGAGCGCGCUGGACAUCAUGGACGCGAUGGAUCGCGUGGAUCGGGAGGGUGUUUUGGAAUAUUUGCGCCAAUCUCGGAGGCCGGAUGGCGGCUAUGCUCCCGCUGAGAAUCACGACAGUCAUUUACUACACACACUAUGCGCAAUUCAGAUUCUCACAAUCCUCGAUGCACUCGAUGAAUGCGACAAGGACUCCGUAGCCGAUUACGUGCGUGCCCGUCAAAAGCCCGACGGUUCCUUUGAUGGCGACGAGUCCGGCGAGAUCGACACCCGAUUCACGAUGGUAGCCCUGGCCACCCUGUAUCUCAUCGAUCGCCUCGACGCCGUAGAUGGCGAAAAAGCACUCGACUUUGUGAAGAAAUGCUACAACUUUGACGGCGGUUUCGGGACGCGGCCCGGUUCGGAAAGCCACGCCGGCCAGGUCUACUGCUGCGUCGGAGCGUUUGCCAUUAUGGGACGACUAGAGGAGCUCGAUUUGGAGAGAACGGCCGAAUGGCUCGCGCAUCGACAGUGCGCCAGUGGCGGGCUAAACGGGCGGCCGGAGAAGCUGCCUGACGUUUGCUACGGAUGGUGGGUGCUGGCGUCGCUGGCGAUGAUUGGCAAGCUCGACUAUAUUGAUGUCGACAAGCACAAGGCGUUCAUUUUUGCCGCCCAAGAUGAAGAUGGAGGGAUUGCGGAUCGGCCUGGAGAUUUGCCGGAUCCGUUUCACACCGUGUUCGGGACUGCUUCGAUCUCACUUUUUGGACAUGACGGUCUUCUCCCUGUCGAUCCGGUGUUUUGUAUGACCACACGAGCGCUGAAAGAAAAAAGCUUUUAU